UUUGCUUCGUGGCUACUUCUUUUUAUCGAAGUUUUUGCUGUAUUAGUGCAGCCUUUAGAGUUUGUUCUCUAAAUAGUUUUGUUUCAUUAUUAAAAUCAAGAACAAUGAGCAACAAUAAAAACGCGUCCGAAAUACAAGCUGUUGAUACAACAGAAAGAAUAACGAAACUUAGGACUUUAUUUAAGAAAGAAGAAUAUAACUUAACUGCGUAUGUAAUUCCUUCGGAAGACGCUCACCAGAGUGAAUAUACUGCAGCGUGUGAUGCUCGGAGAGCGUUUAUUUCUGGUUUUACUGGCUCGGCUGGAUUGGCAGUUGUUUCAACAGACGAUGCUGCUCUUUUUACAGAUGGUCGGUAUUUUUUGCAAGCCAAUAAACAGCUGGAUCACAAUUGGACAUUAAUGAAACAGGGCAUACCUGAUGUCCCAACUUGGCAAGAGUAUUUAGUACAGAAUCUUCCUAAAGAUUCAAGAAUUGGAAUUGACCCAACGUUGAUCACGGCAUGCGAUGCAAAAACUUUGAAAGAAUCACUUGGGAAAGUUGGAUCAUCUUUAGUCUCUACCGAAGAGAAUUUAGUUGAUCUGGUAUGGGGAAAUGCUAGACCACCUCGUCCAUGUAACCCAGCAAAUGUUUUACCAUCGAAAUAUACUGGACGUUCACAUGACGAUAAAAUUGCAAAUCUUCGAGAAGAACUUUCCAAAGAGAAUUAUUAUGGGUUUGUCGUGUCUGCUCUUGAUGAGAUUGCAUGGCUUUUCAAUCUACGUGGAUCUGAUGUCAAAUAUAACCCCGUUUUCUUUGCUUAUGCUCUUAUUACUAAAGACGACAUUAUUCUUUAUAUUGAUGAAAAAAAAUUAUCCAAUGAAGUCAAGGCGCAUUUGGGAUCCAGUGUCAAGUUUCGCUCUUAUAAUGCAGUUUUUGAAGAUUUAAGGCAUUUAAGUGUCAAAUUUAAGAGUGAUAAUCAGAAACUUCUUAUCAGUACACGCACGAGUUAUGCUUUGACUUUGGCUGCUGGUGAAGAUAAUACAGAAUCAGCUCGUUCGCCUAUCCUAGAUGCGAAAGCAAUUAAAAAUGAAGUUGAAUUAGAGGGUAUGAGACAAUGUCAUUUAAGAGAUGCAGCGGCAGUGAUUAAUUAUUUUGCAUGGCUUGAACAACAACUUUCCGCCGGAAAUGUAUUGAAUGAAAUCGAUGGAGCAAAUCGGUUGGAAAAAUUUAGAGGAGAGCAAGAAGAUUUUGUUGGAUUAUCAUUCGACACUAUUUCUGCAUCUGGCCCUAACGGCGCUAUUAUACAUUAUUCACCAGAACCAAAAACCUGUGCCGCCAUUGAUCCCAAUUUGCUUUAUUUAUGCGAUUCCGGUGGUCAAUACAAAAAUGGUACUACCGAUGUGACGCGUACUAUACACUUUGGUAAACCAACUGAACAAGAAAAACGUGCAUUUACACGAGUUCUUCAAGGUCAUAUUGCAAUUGAUCGUGCGAUAUUUCCAAAGGGCACUACAGGAUAUUUGUUGGAUGUUCUCGCGAGAACAUCGCUCUGGAAAGAUGGGUUGGACUUUCGCCACGGUACAGGACACGGUGUUGGAUGUUAUUUGAAUGUACAUGAGGGUCCUCACGGAAUCGGAACUCGAAUUGUAUUCAAUGACGUGCCACUUCAAGCGGGUAUGACGGUGACCAAUGAGCCAGGAUAUUAUGAAGAUGGUAAAUUUGGUGUCCGAAUUGAAUCUGUUGUACUAGUUAAAGAGGUGGAUACACCUCAUAAUUUUGGUAAUAGGGGUUAUUUAGGAUUUGAACGUAUUACCUUUGUGCCUAUUCAGACAAAACUUGUUGAUGUUUCUCUUUUGGAUCCUAUUGAACAUAAAUGGAUUAAUGAUUAUAAUGCCGAAUGUUUUAAGAAAGUAUCUCCUUUCUUAAAACCAGAUAGUCUUGGAUUUCGAUGGUUAGAAAGGGAAACGGCUGCAUUAAAAUAAUUUAUUUAUUAUAAACGCAAUAAUUUUAGUGUACUAUUUUAAAUUAUUUUAUCUUAUCUAUAAGAAAUAAAUAUAAUAUAUGCUAUUUUAUCUAU